AUGCUGACAGCAGCGGCCGCACGGAGGGGCGCGGCGGCGGCGUGGGCGGCAUCUGCCUUCCACUCCUCCGCCCCAGCGCUCUCCAAAUCCACGCCUCGUAUCCGUUUCGCCGUCCGUGAAAAGCGUGGGGAUGCAAAGAGCGCCCUCAAGAACCUUCUGCUCAAUGGCAGCCCAUGUCAGGAAAGCAGUAGCAAACAGAUGAGAAAGCAGAAAGGUAGUAGCAGAUCAAAGGUCCAGCGCUCUACUCCAGGAAAAAAUCCCUAUGGAAAAAAUAAGCGUGGGCAGAACUGGAAUAGCUAUGAUGAGGAUGAUGAAUGCACAGACGCACCAUAUGGUACCUAUGGUGGUAAGAAAUCUUUUACAUGGUACUGGCCUGGGGAGAAUGACGGCCUUGGUAGUAAUCCUAGUGGUUUUCAAUGGAGGGAGGAAUCUCAGUCUGCCAAAUCAAAGGAAAAGUUCUGGAACGAAAGUGAUGUCGACGAGGAAGAGGAGUCAGGCCAUGAUGAUCUGCGAAGCUAUAGGAUCUCUCUCGGGUUGCCAGUUUUAGGCCCCUUAAAUCUGGAUCAUAUUAAGGCUGCUUUUCGUGCAUCUGCUCUCAAGUGGCACCCCGACAAACAUCAAGGGCCUUCACAGCCAAAAACAAUAGCUUGGUUCUGUUUCGGUGAUUUAUUUAACCAUAUAUCAAAGAUGUUAAAUCUGAACACAUCUGCAUUCUCCAGGCUGAAGCAGAAGAAAAAUUCAGACGAUGCGUGA